GCGUCUUUUCAGCACAAUCUCUGGCUCUUUCUCUCUACGCCCUUUCAAAUGCUCUUCCCCAAGGACGCGCGCAAGCUUCCCUCGCCCGGGCGCCGUGGAGACCGCGCAGCCAGCACGACGCCGCACCUGUUCCUCCGGCCCGGCGAAAAUGCCAACUGGCUUGAUGGAUUGCCAAGCGGCUUUGUGCAAAUAUAUAUACGCCACAGUGGGACUUUUUUUUAGGGGGGGAGGAAAGGAUAAUAAGUCUUGGCUGGUGCAACUGGCCCCGUUUUAACCAGACUUGGUUCUUCGAUGAUCCUGCUUGGGGAAAGGGCGGCUGGACCCAGAGGUGAGGCACCUAGAAGUAUGGCCUGCACCGCCUCGCCCUCUGCCUCCACCAUCUUUGCCUUCUGCCUCCUGGCUGUCUGCACCACGGACUCCCUCGACCCCGGGCCUGCCGCGCCCCCCAACCUCCCCGAGGUUGGCAACAGCUUCCCGAGCCGGGAUGCCUGGCCACACCCAAUGAUGAUACGGACCACGGCGCACCACCGCGGGCACGGCGGCCUUGGCAAACACGACCGGGCCCAUUAUGGCAUGCCAGCGCCCAGAGGGGGCAGGGAAGGGACUGGCCUGCGGGUGCUCAGCCGACUGGCAUCGGGGGAUGACCUGGGGUGGAUGGAACGGCCGGCAGGCCUCCGGCAAAAGGACGUUUUCCUGGGCUUUGAGUUUCCGUAUCCCGAGCAGGAAAACCACGCCCCUGGGUCCGAACGGGUGAAGAAGCAGAACCGGGACCACCGGCGGCACAGCCGGAGAGACAGGUUGAGGCAGCACAGAGGAAGAGCUUCUGACCCGGGUCCAAGUGCCCUGUACAAGAAACCCGAAAGCUUUGAGGAGCAGCUUCAGACCCUCCAUGGCGGGGAAGGGUCUUCGGCCGGCUUGCCUCCCACCUCCUCCCUGGGCCCCAUGGUAAAGACAUCCACCGAGGAGCCCCCUGCCCUCCAUGCAACGUCCGCCCGGCCCCGGGUGCGAGUCAGGCAGGAAGGGGAUGUUAUGCCCACCCUGGACAUGACGCUCUUUGACUGGACUGACUACGAAGAUCUUCGGCCGGAUAUGUGGCCUUCAAUCCGGAGGAAAGAUAAACAGCGUGGUAAGAACGGGGGCAACGAAACCACCCCCGCCGAGGGAGAGUCCUGCGACCAUCACCUCGACUGCCUCCCAGGGUGUUGCUGUGAUCUACGGGAGCACCUUUGCAAACCCCACAACCGCGGCCUUAACAACAAAUGCUACGAUGACUGUAUGUGCACAGAAGGCCUACGCUGCUACGCCAAAUUUCACCGCAACCGCAGGGUGACCCGGCGGAAAGGCCGCUGCGUGGAGCCAGAGUCCGCUGAUGGAGAUCAAGGAUCCUUUAUUAAUGUCUAGGGUGCUUUCUCUGGGCCUGGAAGCAGGAGGAAUUAAUUUAUAACUAGUGUCACCCGGGAGGGACACAGACCAAAUGACUCAGACGCAGUAAGCUGAGCUGGGAUUGAGACAAGUGCAUAACAGGGGAAGAUUUUCAAGUGCAUAACAGGGGAAGAUAAUUAAAUUGCGGGGGG